AUUCAGUGUUUCUAGAGUUCAACAGCUGUGAGAAAAUUCCUUAUAGCAUCUCAAUCUUAGUUGAGAAUAAAUCUAAAUUAAUUCGGUGUACUGGCAGACUGUAGUUAACACACAGCRAAGGAAUGAMUWCAAGUCARCCCGGUUCGUACGUCGCUCUGGAAAUGACAGAACGAACAAGAACGGUCAGCGAAGGCAGCGCCAAAGGAAGGCACGAGGAGACGGACGAAAUUGGUGGUGACUUAAAUGAGCUUUUUUGGAUGAAAGUAAGAAACAAGUACAAUGACUCAGAAAUAUCUUGGAAUCAUGCCAUGGAUGAAGUUCGCGUCGAGCGGUUGAUAGAAAGAUAUGAAAACAGUGGUAACAAACUCUCAGAAGCCCCACUUCUUGUCAUGUUGAAAGGAUGGACAGCUGGUAGAAAAUAUAGAGAUAAUCCAUGCCUUAGAGCAGCCUUGGAACACCUAGUAAGAAACAAGUACAAUGACUCAGAAAUAUCUUGGAAUCAUGCCAUGGAUGAAGUUCGCGUCGAGCGGUUGAUAGAAAGAUAUGAAAACAGUGGUAACAAACUCUCAGAAGCCCCACUUCUUGUCAUGUUGAAAGGAUGGACAGCUGGUAGAAAAUAUAGAGAUAAUCCAUGCCUUAGAGCAGCCUUGGAACACCUAAUAAAUCGCCUUGCAAAAAUUAUCCUUGAGAAAGAAACAGGAGUAGAUUAUAAGUACUUCCGUGACAAAGAUGAUCCACAACACAAGACCCUGUUACAUAUUGCAGCAGAGCUGAACUAUGUUAGUGUAUGUAGGACCUUACUGGACCAUUAUCCUGGAUUGCUGUACAUAACCUCCAAGGUGCACAGUGUCCAUAGAAGGUACCUACCUGUGGAGCUUGCGUUGAUUAAAGAAAACGAUGCAACUGCUGCUUUUUUGAUCAGUAGAAUGAAGCAUGAAAGAGUCCAGCAAUUGUUUUUAUGCGAAGACCAGGAAAAUCCKGGUAAUUUCAGCUUCAAAAGAGUUAUCGAGAGCCCAUAUAUGAAGAAAACUGUCRUUGCCGUUUUAAACUGUAUGGUCACACCACACUGGCCAUACCUUCCUGAACGCAAAAGCAGCUAUGAUUCUCGGGAAGAGGAKGAAAACAUCGAGCAUGCGUGGAACAGUACACCAGAGGAACCAAUGAGCUACCAGUUUUAUUACCAAAUUCUUGACGGAGACGAGUGGGGACGAUUGCCGAAUGUCCCCGACCCUGACAACGAUAAAAAGUUAAUUCAAAACAGUCACUUUAACUGGAAGAGCAAGUCGUGCUUGUAUUCCAUCGCAUUUAGUGACAAUAAGGAAGCUAUACAGCACCCCGUAGUUCGUUUGUUGGUCAAGAAAAAGUGGAAAGAAUAUGCGUUUACGUGGUUUUGUGCUACUGGUGGAUUUUACCUGGUUUUUCUCUUAUUAUUAUCAUAUGCUCUUCUGUAUGGAUGUACACGUGAUGACCCCACCCAGUACAGCGGUGGACCUGAUUUACUAAGACAAACCUGUGAAAUAUGCGUUUUUGUCAUGGUGAUUGUAUACAUCGCGGAGGAAAUCAAUCAGCUUGAAAAGGAGAGGUUGUAUUAUUUCUUNCGAACUUUUUCAUGUCCACUUAAACAGUCCUCUUUAGAUUACUACUUAKUAAGUCAGUAUGUUAUGGUCUUACUGUAUAGUGGUUUCCAAAUGGUGAUGCUAGCUGGAGUACGUGCACUCGUUGAACAGCAGGCUGUUGCAGACGACUACGCUAAAUUCAAGUGGCUUCCAGUUCUCGUAGUGAUAAGUUAUAUGGCUGCUGUUGUUGUCAUUCUACUCAAUGUCCUCAUCGCUCAGCUCAGCUCUACAUAUUCCGAGGCGAAGAAAAUGGCGCGCCUACAAUACGAUUUGUCGUUAUGUUUUAUUGCAGAAUUGCUGGAAUACAGUGAAGAUCGCCAUCCGUUGGAAACUAUUGAGGAUAAACUAGAUGCAAUAAGAGCAAUGAUGAAGAAAAUCAUCAAAAAGAUCCCACUWACCCUUGCUAAGAGCGCGUGACAGCCGUUCAUAGAUCAAGUAACAGUUGCUGGUUGCGUGACGCGAUUCUGGCAUGAAUAAAUACGUUAUUCUGUCAAUCAUCUCUAAAUCACAAUGCAUCUUCUUCCAGUAAUAUUCGCUAAAUAAGAGAGAAACGACAGGAGAGGAGUAACAUCAUUUCAUACCAUUGCUGGUGUGGCAUUAAAGCGACAAAGCGUGACAUAGAAGUGACAGAGCAUGCGUGACAUUUCGAGAUGACAGCAUGCAUGACAUUUUAACUGUAACAUAGCACGUCAAUUUUAUCAUAACAUACUCCAGUAAAUUAUCACUAGGCAAUUUUAAUAAAUACUAUUAAAAUAUU